GGUCUGAUUUUUACAAUUCAACCACCUAUACGUCUGUAUUGCACUCUCCCCAGCUUACGUACACGAGCAUUUCAUCCCAUUAUGCAGUACAAGACGCACUGACGAAUAACUAAGUGCGUUUCACUUUCGGUAUGACAUCGCAUCAUUCCCCUAUCUCAUCCAUUGAAGUAGAACUCUCGAUAUCUGCAAGAAUCUUGCUCGAGAGUGAUGCUUCUCCCAAACCCGAUCCCCUGUGUGUAGUGUUCAACCACCCCUUUGGGCGUGGCUGGCAGGAGUAUGCUCGAACAGAGACCCAGAGGGAUGUAUUCAACCCCGAGUUCCACAACAAGAUCAAAAUCCACUACUGCUUCGAGGAGGAGCAGAAACUCAAGUUUCAGAUGUUUGACACAGACAGCUGCAGCCAUUCACUAAGCAAGCAUACCUAUGUGGGUAAAGUACAGUGCACUUUGGCCGACAUUGUUACAGUUCAAGCCUACUCUGCCGACAUAAUGCUCAACGGCGUCAAGCGCGGCCAGCUCAUAAUCACCGUCACCGAUGUCAGCCACAACCGCGAGGAGUUGGAGCUCUGUUUCUCAGCUAGCCACCUUCGCAGGAGCGGGCUGGCGUUUUCGCUUCCCGAUCCCUUUUUGGACAUUCUCAGUUCGAAGAAGACACUCAUCCAACGGACGACGCUUCUGUCCAACACCAAGAAUCCAGUUUGGCCAAGCAUUUGUGUACCUUUCCGCCUUUUGCGAAACAACCGCGGAGACUACAGGCAACUCACCCUGCAGUGUUACCAUUACUGCAAAGAUGGGCAUCAUCAGUUACUUGGAGAAACUGAAAUCCAUGCCCGACAGUUGCUGGACGCUCCGUCCUCUUUCCCGCUGAAAAAAAGCUCUUCAAGUAAAGCCGUGAUACAGUUAACCGAGAGUAAGACGAAACGCGUACAUUCCUUCCUCGAUUACAUUUCUAGCGGGACCAAACUGCACUGCACUUUUGCCAUUGAUUUCACUGAUUCGAACGGCGAUCCUCAUCUUCCGUCCAGUUUACAUCACAUGGGGCGCGAUCCUACGCAAUACGAGCUGGCAAUGAGGGCCAUCGGAGACGUCAUUCAGGAUUAUACCGGUGAAAUGUUUUCCUUGCUCAAUUUCGGAGCGCGCUCGGCUCCAGUUUCACACGAAUUGCACGUCCGCGGUAUUGACGGCGUCGUGAACGCUUACCGAUCUUGCCUGCAUUCGAUUCAGCUGGGCCAGACGGGAUGCCUUAGUCCGCCGAUUGAGCACGUCGCCCGCUCAGCCAAGAAACGAUUGGAAUGGCGUGGGCUCAAUUGCGAAGACUAUUUUCUGUUGGUCGUUUUGACUUGCAGGGAAAUUGCAGACGUCAGCCAGACAACUAAGGCGAUUAUCGAAGCUUCCGAACUGCCCAUGUCGGUAUUGGUUGUUGGGAUCGGGCCGACGACAUUUGCUUCGUUGACUCGUCUGGAAGAGGACACGAAAAAACUCAGCCACAACGGCCACAAAACUGCGAGAGAUAUUUUGCAAUACGCCCAGUUUAACGAAUUUUUAGAUAAAUAUGACGAUGUGGCGGGUGGUUUCCAUUUGGCCAAGCAUUUACUGGCAGAUAUUCCUGAGCAAUUAGUGGCGUACAUGAAAAUGAAGGGCAUUUUACCAAAGAAUAAGGGGAUAUUAUCCAAUCUCAACUAAAGAAAUUAAAGCCAAGGCCUUAGUUAAUAACUUUUUAUAUUUCCUAUCUUUUAUUGUCUAAUUGUUUAUACAAUGAUAGAUUGUAGACGGAAAGUGGUACAAUGUUACAAUAAUGAAUGAAAACUUCGAUUUCAAUUUUCUGCCUUGGAUGACUUGCUAUUUUGAGAAUCAUUGUAUUGUUGAUGCCACUGUUGGUUAUUCUUAGUGAGAGUUUCUCCUCUUUCAACUGCUUUCUUCCCACUUUUGGCUGCAAGUAGAGCCCCGAUCAAGCAAACACAGAUGAUUGAUAGAUUAAUUCUAAUCCUCAUUAUAUUCCUUGACUUCUCCAUCAUGUCUCUCCUAAAUAAUUGUAUGUUUCGUUACACGCUCUUAUCAUUCUGCCAAACAUUUUGUAACUUGUACUUACGAAACGUAGCCAGGAACAUCUUUCACAGACUUAAACUUUUUUGUCCAAACAAGGAAAUACCUCUCCACACCAUUAACCCUGUGAACAUCUCCUGUGUAAAAAAUAAAUAGACUCAGUUAAUCAA